AUGGGGUCUGGCGACAAACCCCUGAAAGAUUAUUUUUCUGCUGACCAAUAUGCCCGCCUGAACGCCUUUGCCAACGACAGCCUGGGCAUUAACCUGGCGAUGCUGCAACAGAUGAAACCCGUGAUGCUGCAAACCUUGUUUACCACCAAAGCCAUCAGCUGUAUGAUCCCGGUUUCGUAUGAAGCCAAUAUCAUGGAAGAGGCCAAACGCCAGCAAUUGAAUGUAAGCGGCCUCGAAGCGGCUGAAGAACAGUUAAAUGUGCUGAACAGUAUGCAGGAUGAUACAGUUGCCCAAUCGCUGGUACAAAUGGCGGAUAGCUUUUCAGAGAGCAGGGCGGCAUUUCAAAAGAUGCUGGCGGCUUAUAAAGCACAGGAUCUGCCCGCGCUUUAUGACCAGAUCAAAGAGUCGAAAGAAUUGGGUGAUGACCUGGGUGUAUUCCUUGACGACAGAAAUGAAAAGUGGAUUCCACGUAUGCAGGAUAAGAUGAAAAAUAAACCGGUCUUUUUUGCGGUUGGUGCCGGGCACCUCUGGGGCGACCAGGGUGUGAUCAAUCUGCUACGCGAGGCGGGAUAUGUGGUGGAAGCUGUUAAGUAA